AUGCGGGCCUUCCACCGCAUGGACACCCUGCUUGCAGACCCAUCCUCUCUGGACGAGCUGCAGGGCCUGGGUCGGAGCGUAGCAUUCAAGUCUUGGGCCAACCCGGAGAUAAUGGGCUGCACCAUGGUGGCGGCUGUGGUGCGCCCAGAGGCAAUCUUCGUCGCAAAUGCCGGAGACAGCCGGGCGGUUCUCUGUAGACGAGGGAAGGCGAUUGAUAUGUCAGAAGAUCACAAGCCGAACAGCCCUGCGGAACUAUCACGUAUCCUGCGAGCCGGAGGGACCGUGGUCCAGCAGCACGUAGGGAACCACGUUCACUACAGAAUCAAUGGCAAUCUCAACCUGUCGCGUUCCAUAGGCGAUCUGCUGUACAAGCAGAAUCCGUCCAUGUCCGCAGAGGAGCAAGUCAUCACUUGUCAUCCGGAUGUACGAUGUUUCAGUCGUCAGGCCGAUGAUGAGUUCAUGAUUCUGGCUUGCGAUGGAGUGUGGGACGUUCUCAGCAGCCAGGAAGCGGUGGACUUUGUGCGCAUGCGCCUGGGUAGCUUCUCCGACCUGGCCUUUCGGCUACAGGAGGGGCGCUUGCGAUUGUCUACCAUUCUGGAGGAAAUGCUGGAUGCCUGCAUCUCCCCUGAUCUGGCGCAGACGAUGGGCAUUGGAGGUGACAACAUGACGGCCUUGCUCGUGGUCUUCACCGACGGAGGGCGCCAGGCCAACUGGCUUGAGAGCACAUCUGUGUUGCCGACGCAGUCAUGGAUGUGCCCAUACCGGUGA